UUAAGAUGGAAGAUAACAAGAGUUACACGGCGUUUGAUUGAUCUCGUGACUGUAAUGAUGCGGAAUAAGAAAUCAUCGGAAAGCAAGUUUGCAGUUCUCUUCAGUCGGAGACGCGGAAGAGCUAUUAGAGACGCUCGCAUUGUAGGAUUGGAGGGAACGCGCCGAUGGCGAGCGGAAGUCUCGUUCGACCAAGUCAAAGGCCGAACAAGAUCUUCCAACAUGGAAUGAUUAUCACUCGAAGUCACAGGAAAGUCUGAAGAAAAUUGUAAGGGGACUUUCUUUGGUAGCCAAUUUUUGAAACGCUCGCCAAUAGCCAAGAAUUAUGAGAGUCAAAAUCAUUUCCUUGCUCCUGAUCGUCGCUGGCAUCCAUCCGGGCAAGUGCGAUCUCUUCAUGGAUUUUUUGCGCAGCGUAUUUCAAGGGGGAAGGGACAAAAUUGAUGAAAUGGGAAUUUCAUAUCCUGAACGGUAUGGCGGCGUACGAAAACAACCUAUAAUUCCUGACAACGUCCCGUUCCCUUGCAACGUGCGUUUUGGCAGGUCCUUGUCGAUACCAGACAAUGUUCAUCGAUUAAGGCCGGGCGAUAUCGAUGUGAUCGGUGGUCUCGGUGAUUCCUUGGUCGCCGGAAGUGGCGCGUUAGAGGAGUUUGCGGUAGGAACCUUCAUCGAGGCGCGCGGAGUUAGUUGGUGCGUCGGAGGCCAAGGGGAUUGGAGGCGGUUCUUCACUCUUCCCAAUGUUUUAAAGGUGUUUAAUCCCAAAUUAACAGGAUAUUCCACCGGAACGGGAGAGUUUAUCUCAACCGCGGCGAAACUGAACAUCGCCUUCCCAGUCGCCGCUACGGAGGAUGCGUUGCACCAAGCGAGAAUCCUGGUGCAGAGAAUUAAAAGUAAUCCGAAGAUAAAUGUGAAGAAACAUUGGAAGCUUAUUACGAUCCUAUUUGGGGCUAACGACAUUUGUUCGGCGCAAUGUUACGCUCCGCAACAAUUCUCGCCGUUGCGUUACGUCUUGCAUUUACGAAGGACGCUUGAUUUCUUGAGGAUCGCACUACCCCGCACGCUAGUCAAUUUGGUUCCAGCCAUAGAUGUCACAGUCUCUGUUAGAGUAACGCGAAGUACUAUGUGCAAUAUAUUGCAUCCCCUCUACUGCGCCUGCAUGCACAAGGGUAGUCAACCAGAAAUUGCAGCGUCGAAAAUGUCACGACUCUAUCAGCAAGCCGCUGAAACUUUAGUAUACUCAGGAAGAUAUGAUAAUUCUCCAGACUUCACCGUAGUGUUGCAGCCAUUUAUUAAAUUAUUCAAUGCACCUAACGCAGAUCCUCAUCGUGCUCCGCCGAUCGACUCCAGUCUGGUCACAUAUGACUGUUUCCACUUCAGUCAGAAAGGACAUGCACUCGGUGCUAAUCUUUUGUGGAACAACAUGCUGGAACCGGUCGGAAAUAAAACGGAAAAGGGACUGCCCCGAAUAUUGGAGAAGGUGCUCUGUCCUACGGAAAACGCGCCCUACAUCUUCACGAACGUCAACACGCGGUUCUUCCGAAUGACUGGCAGACAAGAUGGAAUUGUGCCUAGAUAGCAUAAGGCUCGGUAGUAAUUGAUCUCAAUUUACGAGAGAAAUUAUUACGAAAGAAUUUAUUAUACGGCAGCAAUGAGAGGCCGAUUAUUCGACAGAGAUAAUGCAUUUGUUAUCAAUUACUCGCAUAAAACUUUUAGGAAAGAAGUAAAAUAUUUUUAAAAAUAAUAUAAAUAUAAUAACAUAUAGUUUUAAUGUAAAUUAAGAAUUUCUAUUUGUAUGCGUUCGCAUAAUUAAUGUGUCGAAUAAUUGAUGUUUUAUUGUACUAGUAGAUAACAAUUAAAUGUACUUGUCAUUUUCUUCAAAAUAUUUUUCAGGAGAAUGUAAUCGCGUAGGAUCUGAUGACACUUGCGUUUCGAGAAAUAUUUAUGGGUUACAAAUGUGUAAUUUGAUGCAUAACAAAUUAUUAACUAAUCAAAUACUUAAAUAA